AUGUAAGAUUUUGGACUAUUCUUUGGAGGGAUAAUUAACAGAACCAUUAGAAAGAGAGAUAGAGAGUUUAGCAGCGGAGUGAGAAGAGAGAGAAUGAAUCUUCAGCCACAAAUACAAUUACAAGUGGCUAGCGGCAGAGACCAAACCCUCUGUCUUCGUUUUCUUCAUCACCGCCAACACCAACCACGGCCGCCAUUUUCAUCAUUUGGGUCCUCGCAGUUACUACUCCAGCAACCCCCGUUUCCACUUUCCCGCAAACCGAACACCCAUUAUCGAAGUGUACUUCGGACCGUCUCCGUUUACUCCGGAGACACAGAUUAUGUGGCCGCCGAAUCUCCCGCCAAGACGCUUCGAAGAAUACUGGACUCCCCGGGAGUCCAUCAGGGUCCAGCUUGUUUCGAUGCUCUCAGUGCUAAGUUGGUGGAGAGAGCUGGGUUUCAGUACUGCUUUACCAGUGGGUUUUCAAUAUCAGCGGCCAGACUGGGGUUGCCAGAUACAGGUUUUAUAUCCUAUGGAGAAAUGGUGGAACAGGGUCAACAAAUCACCCAAGCUGUGUCAAUACCCGUCAUUGGGGAUGGCGAUAAUGGAUAUGGCAAUGCAAUGAAUGUAAAGAGAACUGUCAAGGGAUACAUUCGUGCUGGGUUUGCAGGAAUCAUUCUUGAAGAUCAGGUGUCUCCCAAAGCUUGUGGUCAUACACGAGGCAGGAAAGUGGUUUCCAGAGAGGAAGCAGUGAUGCGGAUUAAAGCAGCUGUCGAUGCUCGGAAGGAGAGUGGCUCUGAUAUUGUUAUUGUGGCUCGCAGUGAUUCUCGUCAAGCAGUUUCUUUGGAUGAAGCACUAUGGAGGACAAGGGCUUUUGCUGAUGCUGGAGCUGAUGUUCUUUUUGUUGAUGCAUUAGCUUCAAAAGAAGAGAUGAGGGCUUUCUGUGAAACCUCUCUCCUAGUUCCAAAAAUGGCCAAUAUGCUUGAAGGAGGGGGCAAAACACCAAUUCUCACUCCUCUUGAACUUGAGGCUGUUGGAUAUAAGCUUGUGGCAUAUCCACUUUCUCUGAUUGGAGUAUCUAUUCAAGCAAUGCAGGAUUCACUUAAUGCUAUUAGAAGUGGUCGUAUCCCUUCUCCUGGAAGCAUGCCAUCGUUUGAAGAGAUAAAGGAAAUCCUUGGUUUCAACAGCUAUUAUGAAGAAGAGAAGCGUUAUGCUGUUAGAAGCAGUCAGCUGUCUUCACAGAGAGUGAGCAGUAGUUUAUAUGGUAUCCAACCAACGAGUCAAGAUAGGGCAGAGCAAAGAGAUCCAAGUCCCCAAGAUCCCAUUGUCGAAGUAGUAACUCCUGAUGUGUACAAUAACUAUGGUGCAGAUGGUUCAAGUGAUCCUUUUUCUGGGAUCUGGUCUCGGACAUUGAGAAUAAAGAUAACUGGAAGAGAUGGAUUUGAGAAACUUGACGUUAGAAUCCCUGCUGGAUUCUUGGAAGGAAUCACCAAUAUAGUUCCAGCUUUGGGAGGUGUAAACAUCAAAGCGCUGUUGGAUGAUGCAGCAGAUGAAGUUGGAGGGAAGAUCUUGUUGGAUUUCAAUGACACAAUGGGUGAUAGAAUUCAAGUCUUCCUAGAGUAACUAUAAUGCAGGUAAAGCUUUUCACAAUUCCAUUGGUGAAGAAUUUGUGAACGACUAUACUUGAUAUAAAUAAACUCUAUUUUCUUACCAAAAGAGCCUGAUUAUGCUCCCCUUCGUUCGGGUGAUGGGGUGGGGAGGGGUUUACAAAAGAAUCAAGCUUUUAUGUACCAGAAUUUUGUCUUUGUAUUUUAAAAAUAAUAAUUAGAAAUUUUAAUUCAUUAUGCAA